UGAGCCACUCAACAACAACAACACAUUUAUUUGCCACUACUACUACAUAUAUACUCACACUCAUUUCCUCCAUAUAUGUGUGUGUUCAUCUCUUUCUUCUCCAAUCUCUUAUAUACACCAUAGCCAAACCCUAGAGCUUGGCUUAGCUUUGCAUGGAGUAGAUGAGAAAAACUGUUGAUUAUUAGGGUUUCAGGGUGUUCGAUGAAAUAGGUGAAAAGGGUAGUCAUUAGAAGUAGUUGAUCUAAUUAAGAUAUGGAUCAAUUGGUGUUUUUAUGGAUGGGACUAAUUGUUGUUGCAGCGACGUCGUUUUGGCUAUGGUGGUUUUGGUCUAAUCAUGAUAAUAAUAAGAAGAAGAAACUUCAUCUUCUUCAUCGAGUUCCUAAAGGGAACAAGGGUUGGCCUGUUCUUGGAGAAACCAUUGAGUUCAUUGCUUCUGGUUACACAUCUCAACCUGUCAGCUUCAUGGAAAAACGCAGAUCUCAGUAUGGGAAGGUGUUUAAAACACAUAUAUUGGGAACAGCCAUAAUAGUAUCAACAGAUGCAGAGGUGAACAAAGUGGUUUUACAAAACCAGGGCAACACAUUCAUUCCAGCUUAUCCAAAAUCCAUCACAGAAUUGUUAGGUCAAAACUCCAUUCUCCAAAUCAAUGGAGCCUUUCACAAACGAGUUCAUGCACUCAUUGGGGGCUUUCUCAGAACACCACUUUUCAAAGCUCGAAUCACCCAAGCCAUUCACCAUUCUGUUCAACUCAACUUGGCUUCUUGGUCCAACAUGCAACUCCUUUACGUCCAAGACCAAGCCCAAAAGAUUACCUUUGAAGUGUUGGUGAAAGUGUUAAUGAGCGUUGGUCCUGGUGAAGAUUUGAACUCAUUGAAAGUUGACUUUGAAGAAUUCAUUAAAGGGUUAAUUUGCUUACCUGUCAAGCUCCCUGGAACAAGACUCUACAAAUCUCUCAAGGCCAAGGAGAGGUUGUUAAAGAUAGUGGGACGAAUAGUAGAAGAGAGAAAAGCAGCCAUGGAAAAUAGAAAUAAUAAUAAUAAUAAUGAUGAUGAUAAUAAGGAAAGAGGUGUAGGGAAUGAUGUGGUGGACGUGCUACUACAGGAAAGCUAUGACUCGGACGAGAGUCGACGACUGCCGUUGGAUUUCAUCACCGGAAACAUCAUAGAGAUGAUGAUCCCUGGUGAGGAAACGGUUCCCAUGGCCAUGACCUUGGCUGUCAAAUACUUAAGUGACAACCCCGUCGUUCUAGACCACUUAAGGGAGGAAAACAUGGAGUUGAAGAAGAAGAAAAUGAUUGAUAACUUGGGUAAUUGUACAUGGACUGAUUACAUGGAGUCUUUGCCAUUUACUCAAAAUGUGAUAAGUGAGACUUUGAGAAUAGCAAAUAUCAUUAAUGGGAUAUGGAGAAAAGCUGUAAAAGAUGUUGAGAUCAAAGGCUAUUUUAUACCGAAAAACUGGUGUGUCUUGGCAUCUCUUAUUUCGGUUCACAUGGAUGAAGAGAAUUAUGAAAACCCAUAUGAGUUUAAUCCAUGGAGAUGGGAGAAGACAGGUACAACCGUUAAUAGUAAUAUCUUUACACCAUUUGGUGGUGGACAAAGACUGUGCCCUGGUUUGGACUUAUCUAGACUUGAACUAGCAAUAUUUCUUCAUCAACUUGUCACCAAAUACAGAUGGAUAGCAGAGAAGGAUGAAAUUGUUCACUUUCCAACUGUCAAGAUGAAGAGGAAGCUGCCCAUUAGAGUCACAUCAAUAAGCACUUGAAAAGUCUUUUGAUUGACCCAUCAUGCAUAACAUGUACAAAUACAUAAUUUAAUUUAGGGAUUGUUAUAUUUCAAUCUAUAUCUAUUCAUUUCAUUAUAUAUAUAUAUAUAUAUAUAUUUGUGAAGAUAUUGGGAGGAACAUAUCAUUGUGUUAGUUCUAGUGUCACUGUCUUUGUCUACAGCAAGAGGUUUAUUAACAAAAUUUUGAAGUGGGGAAGAUCAAAUCCAACUCCCAUAUCUUAAGUUUCCCCAUAUAAUAAAUCUUCUGCUUUUUUUUUCUUUUCUUUUUUGUGCGUUUGAUGAACUCUUGUGGCAUAGUUUGUGUACUCAAAAUAAGGCUCACAGUGUGCUUUGUCGCAUACAACACUCGUAGGGGCUCACAGACUCUCCCUCCACCAGUACAAUCAACACACUCAAUAAUAUGAAAACUGGUGGGAGCCAUUCACUACAAUGGUGCCAAAAAUGGUCACGGUUACUUGUCCAACCCCUCCACACAUAUCUACAUCAUCCAUCGAAGACACACCUUCAUCUGCACACUGUACUCGAACACCAACAAAAGAAAAAGAAAAAAAAUUACAAAAUCCCCAGGGUCUCCCCAAAAAGAUAAGAUGUGCAAAGACAGUUUGAUAUCAUAUCAGGCUUAUCAACAACUGUCUAUUUUGGCUCAGAAAACAAUAUGAAGUAGUGGUUUUAAGAUUUAAAAACCAGUCCUCUGAAUGGUUCUACCUUAGCUUGGAUCAAAGUUAGCAAGCAAGUGCCUUGCUCUUAAGGUUGUAAUGGCAUUUUCCCUUUUUGUAGGUAUCUUUACGAGAAAUUGGUGAAAAUGACAUUUAUUUUUAAAUGA